AUGGAGCCAUUCAUUGGUACUUGGAAGAUGGAGAAGAGUGAGGGUUUUGACAAAAUCAUGGAACGUCUUGGAGUGGAUUACUUUACUCGCAAGAUGGGCAAUUUAAUGAAGCCCAAUUUGAUAAUCAGUGAUCUAGGCGAUGGCAGAUACAACAUGAGAUCAGAAAGCAAGUUCAAGACCUCAGAAAUCUCCUUCAAACUGGGAGAACAGUUUAGGGAGAUUACUCCGGACUCUCGUGAAGUGAUGUCAUUGCUCACAAUGGAGAAUGGAGUGCUGAAGCAGGAGCAGGUUGGCAAGGACAAGACCACCUACAUUGAUCGCGUGGUUGAAGGCAAUGAACUGCGAGCGACCGUAAAGGCGGAUGAGUUGGUUUGUGUGCGAACCUACUCAAGAGGGGUGUGA